CCCAAGCCGGGAGAGAGAGAAAAACUCUGUUGCUCACUCAUUCUCCAAGUUUGAGAAAAAGUUACCACCUCUUCCCCAGACUCUGAACACGCACUGCAGGCGGAGACACACACACACAUACACACACACACGCUCACACACAAGUUGUUCGGGACAGCAGAAAGCGUGAAACAGCCAGGACUGCUUGUAAAUGUGUUUGUGGAGGGAAAGAAGAUUUGCAGUUCGUCUGAGGAUCUCGGCGUGGACUGAACAACUUCGUCUGGGACGUUUUCCUCUCAUCACCUACCAGGUGGCCAAAUGAACUGUUUAGCCUGAAGACCAAAGAUCAUAGGGCCCCGAUUCAACAGCAAGGGAGAGAGUGAACGGAUCGAGACCACUGCAGCCUCGCUUUGCAUUAUGAGUCGCAACUGAAGAAUUUCUCUAGGGUUCCGUUUUGUGGUUUGAAAAACUGAAGGCAAAAAAAAAUGGACGUUAAGAAAAAAGAAAUGGAUCUCCUUAGCAACAGCAUUGCAGCUUUUGCACACAUCAAAGCCAAUCCGGAGAGCUUUGGGCUUUACUUUGUCCUCGGAGUGUGUUUCGGUCUGGUGUUGACCCUCUGCCUCUUGGUGAUCCGCAUAUCCUGUAAGCCGCGGACCAAGAUCGCUCCCCCCACGCCUGAAAAGAACCCCUUAAAAGACGUCAGCGUGGAAGAUGAGGAAAGCGAUGAUGACGAGGAUGAGGAAGGGGAUGAAGGAGAGGCCUCUGUUCCACUGCCCAUCACAGAAAUCCCUGUUGGGAAUCAUACCAGCCAGUCAGACGGCACUCUGAGUGUGAACGUUUUUACGUCAGCUGAGGAGCUGGAGCGCGCACAGAGGCUGGAGGAGAGAGAACGGAUCAUCCGGGAGAUCUGGAGGAAUGGCCAGCCUGAUAUCCUGGGGACGGGAACAGGGACUAUUGGAAGAGUGCACUACUACUAAUGAACAGAACGCUUCCAGGAAACCUGAGUUUGUAACGGAGUAGACAUAAAAACCUUUGGGCCUGGAGUCCUUUCAACUUGAGAGCUUCUUUUUUUUAUCCAAAGUGACUUGUGGAAAAUAUCAGUGCCAAAUUUGAGAUAUUUUGCUUUGACAAAGCUGAACUUUGAGAUAUUGCACUUAUUAUGCAUUACUGUCAACUGACUAUACGUAUUUGAACUAAAAGGUGUCUUAAUGGCCUCUGUGGAAAUCAAGUGGAAUGAAUGGAGGAACUGAAGGAUUUGUGGAGGUGUCAAGCUGUAAAUAUACAAGAGGGAAUAUAGAUGUUGAACACGUGAAUGUUUUCUCUCAAUUCAUAUAUUCCUAAAGAGCCCAUUGAUAUUAAAUUCACACCAGAUGUCAGGAACAACACACGCAAUCCCAACAUAAAAUGACAUUCAAACUAAUUAGUCCAUAAAUUCCUCUUUCACAUACUCUGAUCCUCUGUUUUUCAAUGGAUUUUAAUUGGGUUUAAGUUUGGUGAUUUAAGUUUUUCAAGUGAUGUGAAGUUUCACUUGCCCAAACAUGUUGUUUGGACGAUCAACGUGUUAUGUUUUGGUCUCGUGUGGUCAGAUCCUUUUCUCCCAAGGUUUCAUUGUGUUCUACAGAUCAUCCACAGCAAAUUUUAAACAAGCUUCAACAUUUUUUUUUUAUAAUGGAGCCUAGCGCACUUAGUCUGCAUGAAAGUCAUGACUGUUGAGUGCAUUACUUGUAGGUUUCAUAUUAAAUUUGUACUUGCUAAUUGCUGGUGUUUCUGAAGUUCUCUGUUAGUGGUAAUUUGCUCUUGUACAACUCCCUGAGUAUUUCAGUGAAACAUCUGGCAUUAACCUUCCAAUGACCACUUGUAAUAAAAUUAUGGUCCUUCCACUUUGGGAUUAUGGUCCAAAGAGUCCACUGUGAAACAUUAAAAAGUUUAUAAAUAUAUCUGCAACCAAUAGCAUCAGUUUGCUGGGCAACAAUUGGGUUGCAAAAGUCUUGAGAGAGCUCUUUGACCUUAUCCAUCAUGGCAUCCUUGGUAAUGAGAAACGUUUUCUUAAUUUUUUUUUACCAACUACACCAGCAGAAUAUUAACUGGCACUGUUAGAAAGCAUAGUUUUUUCUCCAUGCUUGCAUAUUUCACUGGUUUCCUGGCUGUGUGUGGCUCUGUGCAGCUUCUUUUCCUACUUUUCAAAGUUAAUUUCCCAUUUCAUUCCAUUUUAUUACACAUAACUUAAUUUGCGGGCUUAUUUGUUUGGCUUUCCUUUUUAUGUGACUUACUUGGGUGGCUAAUGACAUCUGGUGUUAAUUCAAUGGCCUGCUAAAAGGACCCUUAGAAACACUUACUGAGAAAAAUGUUAACAUGAUCAAUUCUUAUUUUCCCACUGUAUUUGGUGCUUAAUGUUAAAACAGCAGGUUUGCAUAUAUUAAGCAAACCAAUGCAACAAUAAAAAAUGUAAAGAUUUUCUCUCCUAA